GAAGGUCAGAGCUGGGUUUGAAAACAUUCCCAAUACUACAUCGAUUUCUGCAAGGAUACAAUGCUUAUUGUGGAUUUUAUGGAUAAAUUGCAUAGAUAAGGCAUGCCUGCUGUAGCAUUCUGAACUGCCAUUGGAUGGAAAAUAACAUGAUGGCUAUACAUGUACCUUCAAAGAUUUCAUAAUGACGACAAAAAGCCAGCGAUAACGAGUGAGACAUGAUGUGGGAAGCUGUAAUCGUGUGCUAUCAUUGACAACAACGGAACUGACAAUUACGUGUUGUGUAUUACAUGGACGGUUAUGAUAAUAGUUAGCAGUCUUUCGUACAAACAAUGGCAUUAUUACGUAUAACUUAGCAAAUCUAUGAAACGAUGCAAGGUGCGUUUGACUUUAAUCCGUUAGAUGUUUUAGCAGCUGCUGCGGCUCUGCAGAGUGCAAAUGAGAAUGUUCCGCCGAGAGAACUUGUUUAUGAUGGUGAGAAUGAUGAAAGCGUAGAAGAACCUGACGAAGACCCGGGCAGUCCUAGCGUUGUGAAAAAAGUCUGUGAGGAUUUUCAGAACUCGGAAUCCGGUGUAAAUAUUGCUGGCACGAGUGAAAGUAAUAGUGGCACAGCAGAGGAUGUAUCUGUUAAGAAACGAGGCAGUAAGAAGUUGUAUUCAGAUAUCUAUCACUGGAAUAACAUGCACGGGAAGGACGUGUUGCGUAUUCUGAAGGAGAAAAAUCAUCUAGCAAAUAUCAGUCACUACUUAGAUCAUCCUUACGCUUCAUGUACACCGCAUCAUGAUUUGAUUCAGAAAAUCAAGGAUUUAACCAAGUCUGAGGAGCGAGGAUCAGAUAGUGAGGAUAAUGAUAAAACUGAUGCCAGCCCUGAUCAAGUCCCUGUUUGUCUGCCGAAUGAUAAUUGCUUGAGGAUGCUAUUGACGUCGGAGAAGCCAGCUGAUUUGUCGGAGGUUGUGCGAGGCGAUGCUACUGUAGAGCAAUCUAUUGUUGACCUUGAUGUCAAUCCACCAGACUCUGUUGGUCCAGCAGUGAUCACGGAUGAACCUGUCAUGCUGUUAGAUAUUGAUGUAAAUGAACAUGACAACAGUGAUAAAAAGAAUGAAGAAAUAGACUGCAUUGACAAUGGCACAGGUGCAGAGUGCCCCACAGAGAUCUGUGCACCAGCUGUGCAAGAUGCUGCAGGCUUACAAACUGAAGUAGCAGAUUUGACACCAGGCGAUUCACAAGGUUUGCCCGAUUCUAAGGAAACUGCACUGAAUGAAUCUUCUUCUGAACCUGUUCACCUUGACGAACCUGUUGUCAAGGAGACUGAUGAUGCAGGAGUCAUGCUGGUUUCAAUCGCUGAUUCGGUUGAUAAUGAUUGUAGUGAGGCUUCUGCAGAACAUGGGGUUGAAUCACAGAAUGAAUCUUGUGAAGCUGAUCCCGUGCUUGAUGACUCUCAGCUUCCAGAGCCGACCACUGCCGGAACUGUGUUACAGAAUGGAUACAUUCACUUGAUCGAACCUACCACAUUCAUACCUACAUCGCAAAGCAAUUCCGUGCAACAAACAUUACUCCUUGUGGGACCCGAUGGAAUAUAUAAUAGCGUUCUCAUGGAAAACUCGCAAAGUGACACUUCUGGUAUUAAUGUGCUCCAAGAAAACACUAGUAACUCUGAAUCGAAAACCUUAGGUCAGAUGGCGAGUUUGGCCCCAAAAGUACCAGACGUGACUAAGCUACUUUUUGAAACACAUCCUACUUCGGGCGCAGGGGACGCAUCUCAAAAACUAAAUACAUCCUCGUUGAAAUCAGUCUGUGAUAAAAAUAAUAGUUGGUCCAAACUGGAGGUGUCCCACAGUGAUGGUCUCAUCAACAGUCCACUGAAAGGGCAAGAAAAAUUUGUCAGUGUAACGGAUACUAUCAACGGAAUUGUUAGAGGCUCCGAUCAGGGAGAGGGUGACGGUGUACUGCAUCUGACAAUAUCUGGGUCAUCAUUAGCACCUCAAAAGCAGCAGCCUGUUCAGACUUUGCUGCAAAAAGGUUCAAGUCGUUCUGUUCCAAUGGGCAGGCAGUUAUGUAGUUCCCUUGUCCCAUCGCCAUCCAAGGACAAACUAACUUUACCAUCAGAUUCCACCAUGAAACAUCUACGAAUAGCAGGUGGAAUGGUUGUACCCUGCAGCCCUAACUUUUGGGAUAAUUCAUCAGAUGCGGACAGUUCUAUGGACCCUUCAAAUACCGACAGUCAGAAUGCUAUGACUCCAGGGCUUACAACGACAUCCCCGUCCUCUGGACUCCUCCCAUCAUUUGUACCGUUGACCUCCCCAUCACAAACGUCCCCUCUCCCAAGUUUAAAUAUUGGCUUUUCAAAACAGAAUAUUGACAUUGGUCAGGUUUCACCAAUCGGCUCAGAAAAAUCACGAUCAAAUUUGAAUUCACCGAAUAUGGCCAGCCCGUUAACAUCACCUCGAGACCCGAGCUUUGGAGGGAAACGAAAUGCAUUUAUGACAAAUAAAGAUAUUUGUAUUGGACUCCACUGUAGCAGUCCAUCGGAGAGUUGCCUCAUGCACCAUGGAUUAUGUAUUGAUCGGCCAAGUAGCGUAAGUUCUCAGGAUAACAGUAUCGAUGGCUUAACAGACUGUGGUAGCCCAGCACCUAUCGGUAGCAUUGGUUAUCAAAUAAAGCACAGCAUUGUGCCACGCGGUGAUAUGCGGAGAAAUCGAACUCAGCUCAUAGACUCGGAAUCAAACUCUGAAUGUGACUGUCCGUCUGGCAAUUCAAGUCGAAACCAGAGUCCAGAUUCUAAGAAGGGGCAUGGGGUGCAUCGUCAACGUAUCAGUGCCGAACAUGACUACCUGAGCAUCUUUGGCAAGCCCAGACCUCCAGAUGGAUCAGGCAAACCCAUAAACGUGCCACCAGACAGAAAUAACUGCCAACCACAUACUCUACCUCUAAAUAGUGAACUCGCUAACCAGUUACUGAAGCUUAAGCCCAGUCGACCCUCCAGUAAAAAUCCAGUGGGGCGUCCUAAAGCACAGCACCCAAAGACCCCAAAGUUGGGAAUGUUAAUGAAACGGGGACUGUAUAUUCCAACUGGGCCGUUAGUGAGUGACGCUGACAAACGGGGCGAACAUCCUUUGAAAGAUCAUGACUACUGCCUUCAUGCGUUCUAUCAGGCCAUGACAUUUAACACAGUAGAUGAGGGACCACGGCGCCCUGGACCCGUGCCCAAGGUGAAGGUCAAGAAGGAGAAAAAGAAGCCAAAAGUGGAGAUAUCCGUGUCUGAUUCUAAUGAUGCUGAAUCGCCAGAAAAACGCAAGAAUAAGAAGAAAUACAAAAAGUUGAAAACGGAAGUUAAGAAGAAGAAAAAGAAAGUAAUAGUUGAUAGUCCGACUUCGGCAGAAACAAGUGAUGGGGAAGAGGUCGAGCUGGAGCUGGAGAAACCAGUGAACAUUAAGAAAGAACCGCUUGAUUUCUCUGAUGAGGGUGAAAAAGAACCAGUGUUGGAGAAAGAUGACCCGUUAUAUGUGCCACCUGUAGGAAAACUGGCAGACAAGGUUUUACGAUCGAAAGAUAAAAAAGUUGUGCCAUUCAGCACGCGGCAGAAAGACGAGGACCGCGUCAAAGUCCCUGGGACUGCUCGGUUCCAGGAUCAGUUCAUCUAUUUUGCCACAAAAAAGCCAAGACGGAGAGCGCGACCAGUAAUAGGCGAUAUUUCCAAACUUCCCCAGAAAAUGUUCACAAGCCAAUCUGAAUUUCUUCCUGGACUUGAUUCAAGUUAUAUUGAAGCCAGGUCAAAAUACUUGGGAAAACUAGUUCCGGAAAAAACUGUUAGUGAAUCCGAGACAGUGUCUUCAAAGUCAGAACCCUUCCCAUCAAUGGAUCUGCCACAAGAGCACUUAGAUUUGCCAUCAGAUUUCAUGAUGAUGAAUGAUAUCCCGCAUGGCAAACUGGCCGUUGGUAUAUCUGAAGAGGAGAGUCAGUUCAUUCAAUCUCUGUAUAAUGAGGACCACGCGCAAGCUGGCCAUGAGGAAUACCCACAGGAAAUUGAUUCCAUGGCUUGCGAUCUCACCAAUGAGCAGGUCCGCGAGUUCUUGAACCAUUUUGGCGUAGAAAAGGCAAUGAAAUUUUUGACCGGGGAGAAUGUGGUAGAAGAGACUGUAGAGACGGCGUCGCCAGUGCCCCUUGGUGGUGAUGAUACUUGUGAACACAUGAUCAGUGAUAAAGAUCCACACAUGUUACCUGUGGUUGUGACCGAACCAGUGGGUAUGAAUACGGACAUCGCAGUCUCUUCAAUGUCUUCUGUCACCUCUGCUGCAGAACAAGCUUUGAAUACGACGCAGAAUACGAUAGCCAGUAUCCAUGAAUCGUUGGAGAUGGAGACGGAUUCUACUGCUGCGGAACAAGCUUUGAAUACAACACAAGAAACGAUAGCGAGUAUCCGUGAAUCGUUGGAAAUGGAGACAGAAUCUAUCAAAAGUGGUACGUCAGAGACGCACUUGGUACCUGUGAGUGUGUCUCAGGAUUCCACCACGCAUACUGAGAGCGUUGCGAGUGAGCCGCCUGAACUCGACGUUGGUACAAGUCUUCAGGAUAGAAACGAUGAGGUGCAGGAUGUCACCAAACUUGACCAAAAGGAAGUUUUGAAUACGCAUGAUCUUGGUUUCACAAAUAUUGCAACAGAUUCCACUCCGCAUGAUCUAUUUGACUUGGAUGAUGAUGAUCUGCUGAACGCAAAUCUAAACUUUGUCAACAUGAACAUGAUCUUGAAUUUCCAAUCGCCGGAAAAAAUGAGUAUGAAUCAGCGGGCAAAUGAUAACAAUCGAAACUUGACAAAAAUGAGGAAAAUCAACUUCGAGGAUAAUUCUAAUGUGCCAUCCAGCUCUCAGCUCCUUAGUUCACCGUUAAUUCCAAAACCAAUUGACACUGCCUCUAUCGAUAGCGAUAUCUCCAUCGAUUCAAUAACUCAGUCUAGUCACCCCAUUGAGAGUACACGACCUGGUCGAAACAACCCAUUCAGCAUCGGCAAGCCAGAUAUGUUCAAAUCGGGCAUGUUGAAUCGCCUCCAUAACAUUCCUGAUCCCACAGAUUCUGGUGUACCUGAGCUGAUCUUUGUCAACAUGUUCUGGAACGAUCUCCCAGGAUUACUUAUCAAUGAGAAAGAAUAUGUUCGAUUGGUUGAUAUACAUAAACAGGUCUUACCAGCAAAACCAACAGGACUCUUAAAAAACCGCUGCAGAGCUCUCAAAUUGGAGUUCACGAACUGUUCUGAACUACAGCGGGAUUUUCUCAUACGGUAUGCCCACGCCGCAGCUUCAAGGAGUACAUUGAUUGUCACUAAAGCAGUUGCAGAAACUUUGAUAGGGUACUAUGUCAACCCUCCACCGAGAUCGACAAGAGCAGAUCUUCAUGAGGAAAAUGAAACCGAGGAUGUCGAGAUCGAACAGCCCAAGUUUACGGGUGGUAAAGGGAAAGGAAAAGGAAAGCGUAGUCGAUUGAAUGGUGACAAAGCGUCGUCACGACUUGCCAAGUCAGUAAAUGUCGACGAGGAUUCUGCUGUGGCGAAUGAUGAUGUCCCCCUGAAGUUGACUCUGAAGUUGAAGGAUUGUCCCAAUUAUUCGAGGCUUCUUAUGCCCAAGGAUAGACUGGUCAGCUAUUCCACGUCGGAUGACUCUAGCACCGAUGAUGAGUCAACUGAAAGUGAGCCAGAAGACGUGCGGAAAAAACGAGUACGUAAGAUUGUCUCGCUGAGACGGAAAGCAAAGAGCCUCAGGAAUGAUAUAUUGCUUCUAACUGGCCAAGUGAUCGACGAUGAGGAGUUACCAAGUCGCAAACGGAUCUACAGGAAACGUCUUCCAAUCAAGUUAACAAAACGGGCAGAUCGUAAUAUGUCUGGAAUACGUUCUGGUCAUUCUAGCGCCAGCAGUAGUCGCAGGAGUAGUGUAGAUUACAGUCGGCGCAAGAUGAGUGCUAAGAUGCAGAAGUUGCUGCUUAACCCAGAGGAGGCAGAGGAACGGACCAAACAGGCAAUAUUCGAUAUCGAUUCGACGAUUGACGAGGUCCUGGGAAAUGUGCGGCGCCAGUGUGAAGCUGAAGAGCGCAGGGGGAAAGUUGUUCGAAAUGUUACCCGACCUUCUAACGUAGUGCAACGUAGGGCACUGCCCGCAUUAUACCAACAUCUAUUAUCAAAAGAGGCUCCUGCAGCACAGAUCAAAAAGUCUAUCAGUGCACCGAGCCUUGUGACACCUGUGCUUGGGAGUGCAAUUACCUCAUGUGAAAAGGACAUUGCUCCGGUUAAAAUGGGAACUACAGGUGACGAUGGUGUGGAAAUACCUAUAACAUUAUCAAAUAAAGUGAGUCUACAACCUAUUAAGAACACUGGGCCAAGAAGUGUGAUCCUUGUGAGGCCAAGUAGUGUGACCAACCCACAAAGUAAUGAAACGUCUGAUGUGCCUAGAAAAGAGACUGUGGCACCAAGUAAUGAGACUUUGGUUUCUAAUAGUAAAGUGAAGCCAGUCUUGAUAGAAAUUCCACCAGAGGUCAUAGAAAACAUCUCAGUGAAUGAAAGUGAACCUCGGGAAGCGCUGGUAAUGAAACGCGACAGUGAUUUGGUCGAACAGCCAUCAGAAAAACAUGUAGUGACGAUUGAAAACUUUUCGCCAACUUCAGGCAGGUCUAAGUUCAUCCAGCCCAUCUUGAUUGAGAUCUCGGAGUCUAAUGAUGGAGUGGUGUCCAUUGAUAUGCCCACAACACCAGCUCCUAAUGAUCAUGAUAACAAAAAGCCUGAGGAAAACGUUGAUGUUAGAAACGAUAAAACAACUGAAAGUCCAAAAGUUGUUGUUGAACAUUUGCACCCCCAAGACAACAUUUUGUCUCUGGCAUUGAAUGGCAGGGAUCUCACAACAAAUGUGCAAAAUGAGCUUGACUCGCCAUCUAAGUCCUCAGAUCAUCUUGGACCACUUCGUGUUCUGCAUCGAGAUUCUGCGAACAGUAAUGGGAAGCGCCUGUCCCAGUCAGGUGGAUUAUAUGUGAAUAUGUUCAAUGACAAAUCUUCAAAAUGCAUCAUGUGUACGAACUGUGGCAACUUGUUCACAAUUGAGAACUUCUUGUGUCAUCUUCAUGGUGCGGAUACAGUCAGUCUGCUUGAUGUGAGAGCCAAGCAGACCUUAGACAUUCAGAGUUCUGAGCCUUCAGAAUGGGAGCAGACACAAUGGCAGGAAUUCAAAGCAAAAUGUUGUAAAUUUGAAGCAGAGACUCCCAGUGAUGUGGAGAAGAAUGGGAAAAAUGGAAAUAAAAUCGUCAAAGCCUUGCAGUUUGAGAUAAUCAAUCAAGCACAAGGUGACAAGGUUGUUUCUGAUCCAAACGUCAGGCACAGUGGGCGUGUGCGCAAACCUAAACAACGUUUCUCGAUUGAGGAGUACAUGUUCUCUUCAGGUAACCCUCCAGAGGGGGAAAGUGAAGCAAAAACUGUAGUCGAAAUUGAACCAAAGAAAAUUAAUCGUGAGAUUCGAAAAGUUUCUUCGGACAGUAGCAACAACAAGAACCUUGUUGAUAAUGGCAGGAAAAGCUGCACCGACAACAACAAAAAUCAGGUUCAUGAGGUCAGGAAUAUUGAACCAACAUGUAAAAUAAAAAGAAGGAAUCGAGGUCUUGAGAAUGGGAAUAACAGUGACAUGCGUCUCAGCAGAAACCAUGUCGCCAAAACUGUUCAGUCCAAGAAAGAAAAUACAAACAAUUCACUUACUAAGGUGACACCACCUUCUGUAAAGGAGACACCCACUUCUGGGCUGCGUGUUUCCUCUCGGGAAUCAACUUCCAGAUUUAAACGUCUGGCCACGUCAUCGAUAUCGCCGCCAACUGGCAACAAAAAGCCGCGUCUAGAUACAGAGACGAGGCAUCGAAGUCGUUCCAGAUCAUCAACCAGCCCUGCCGCAUCAACACAAAGACACCUUGGGGAUAAACCAUGAUGUGUGGGUGAUUCAAGUUCAACUAACCUAAUCAGCUUGUUUGUUCAAGAUUAAUUAAUUCUGCAUUUUCAAGAUCAUUCAGUUUAAGAGAAUUAUUUGAAUCACGGCAAAAAAUAGUUUGGCUUUUGUGUUUGAUGAGUACCUGAAAUCAUUUCAUAACAUUUGACAGGAAUUUGUUCAAUCGUUCUUUGAAAAUAAUCCCGAAGUAUUCGAUGUUGCUUUAGUCACUGUUUCAAAUAGUUGUUAUCCUAUGAUGAAUCAUGUUAUUGAGAAAGUCUUUUCGUGAGAUUGGGCAGGAAAAGAAAGGUCCCAGAUGAUUUGGUGAAUGUGUCUUUGUGAGACACUUGGCUUGGGAAUACCCAGGUGACGAUUAAAGAAACUUCCUAGAUAUAUUGCAACACAAAGAGGUCUGUUGCAGAAACUGUUCAGGAGCACUGUAUAUCAUUUACACUUCCUAAAAAUGGUGUUAGUUUGGUGUGCGAUGCAUCGUAGUGCAGAGGAUACAAAAUUGUUGAAAACAUGUUUUUGUGUGAAAUUAUGUCUCCUAUUGUAACCCCUCCCUCAUGUAUAAUGUGCGAUGUAUACCGGAAGUUUAAAAAAUGGCAAAAGUAGUGAGUUGUGGCCCUGGCCCUGUGUCUGUCAUUGAUCUUUUACAGCCAUGUUAUUCAGGUGUUUGGGUUUCCCUUGGGGGGGGGGGGGAAUAGAUGUUAAGUAAGUGCUUUGGGACUGUCGUACAGUAUAAAGCAAUCCAUCAAACUAACGUUAAUUUUUCACAAUAUUGUGUGAUUUUAAUUGCAUUAGUUGGUAAAUGAUAAGAUUAGGUUGAUGUCUGUGACCUGGUUGAUAGGAAAAACUCCAGUACUUAUUACAGGGCCAUGUAUUGUUUGAAUGACACCUUCAGCGCCAGUGUUUCACCCCCUUUUCAGACUCCCAGAAAAAAAAGGAUAAGAGAUGGCUGCAUAAGGUCUUUUGCAGUGACUCCUCCAAGACAAGGUCUUCUUGAAUCUAUAGAGUUAUGUUAGCUACACUCCUUUACUAUAUUUUAUUUUUUUGUUGAAAAAUGACCCCCUUUUCUAACACCCACCCCCUAAAAAUUCCCGGUGUCGGUGUCGGUGUCGGUGUCGGUGUCGGAACAGCUUUAUUUUGUUAUUCAGUGGUUGGGUCUUUUCAGUUCCUACCUUGCCCUGAAGAUGGCGAUGGCGUAGUUCUUUCAUGAAGUCCGUGAGACUCCGAUAACCAGCUCAAAGAGGGGGGAUUUGGACCACGUAGAUCUACGUGGUGUGGCGCUGAACGUGAUAUUCAAUGUAAUAACUCGUCAGUGUGAUGCACAAUGUAUGUACAACCAAAAUCAAGAUGGCUGUUGGUGUUCUUAAAGAAAAGGAACAGUCUUGCUCUGUAGAAAUAUUGUCCUUCAUACGGUGGAUGAUACUUUUCUGUUCCUGUGAAAGUAAACUGAAUAGGACUGAAAACAUGGCAUACAUGUUAGUCUAGCAGUCGUUCCUGAGGAACUGGGACACGAUGUGUAUUCUAUUCCUGAGUUGGUUUUAUUAGUUGUGAUGUUGACCUUUUCAUUGGUAACAAAAGGGCUGUAUUCAAUCUGCAGUUUUAUGUACAAAUUAAGUUCUGGUUUUGGUGGGGUGGGGUCACUGUUGUUUGACAAGUUACCUUGUUCUGGUAGAAACAUUACGAUUAUCUUAGAAAUUGCUGUAAAAAUGUACAAAUGUAUAAAUACAAGCCUUCUUUUUACAAAAAAAAAAAUUA